AUGGAUGUGAAAAGUACGUUCCUAAAUGGGGUUUUACAGGAGGAAGUAUAUGUAGAACAACCUAUAGGAUUCAAAUAUCCUUACAAUCCUGAUAAUGUAUAUCAUCUUAGAAAAGCUCUCUAUGGGCUGAAGCAAGCCCCUAGGGCUUGGUAUGAUUUGUUGUCAUCCUAUUUGCUGAAUAAAUGGUAUGUCAGAGGAGCUAUUGACAAAACUUUGUUUGUCAAAAAGACCAACAAGGACUUGAUUGUUGCCCAGGUUCAUGUCGACAACAUUGUUUUUGGGUCUACAUAUGAAUUUCUUGUAAAAGAAUUUACUGAAGUUAUGAGCAGCGAAUUUGAGAUUAGUAUGUAUGGGGAGCUGAGCUAUUUCCUAGGCCUGCAAGUCAAGCAACAAGAUCAUGGUAUCUUCAUUUCUCAAACGAAGUAUGCAAAUGACUUGGUAAAGAAGUUUGGUAUGAGUUCUGCCAAACCAACAACGAAUCCCAUGGCUACACACAACAAAAUUGAUGCUGACCCAUCUGGAAAAUGUGUAGAGCAAACACUUUACAGAAGCAUGAUUGGAAGCCUUUUAUAUUUAACAGCCAGUCGACCCGACAUCUCAUUCAGUGUUGGUGUGUGCGCUCACUUUCAAGCACAUCAAAAGGAGUCGCACUUGAAUGCAGUCAAGAGGAUCAUCAGAUAUGUAAGUGGUACUCCAACGUUAGGUUACACCGAUGCGGAUUGGGCAGGAAACGUUGAUGAUAGGAAGAGCACAUCUGGAGGGUGCUUUUAUGUAGCCGAAGCGGAAUACAUCGCUGUCGGAAGUUGUUGCACACAAUUACUAUGGAUGAAGCAAAUGAUGAGUGAUUAUGGCAUUCAGCAAGAGACAAUGCCAAGCAAUCGUGCCUUGAGGUGUGAGCAGCUGAGACAAGAGUUGUGCCAUCUCUUGUUGACGAAGGAAGACAAGAUCGCUGGUUGGGUUGAGCAGCAAAGGCGAGUAGGCAAGUCUGCCUUGUGA